AUAUACAGUUAACAGUAUCUGUAUUAUGUAAAUAUAAAGAAAUACCAUAAUUCAUUGGCAAGAUUUUUUAUGUUCUUCUCAUGAUAUAUGCAUCGAAAGGGGGAGAUUUUCAAAAACUCCAAGGUCAGAAUGACUAUGUAAAAUGUGUAAUAUCCAAGAUAUAGAGGAUGAAUAUCACUUUAUACUUGUAUGUCCAUUGUACUCCUCUGUGAGAAAAAAAUAUAUUCCUGGGUACCGUUUCACAAAGCAGUCGUAAGUCUUACGUGCGUGUAAAACUGGCGUAACCCGGAAAUACUGAACUAGGGGCGUUUCACAAAGCUAGUGUAAUAUUACGUCCGUGUAUAAUUGGCGUAAACUCUACGUGUGGUCUUGGGGUGGUGUAAAUAUUUACGCAAGCGAUAAAGAUGGCGAUCAAUCUAAACACGGCCGAGAUUGCCAAAAAAGUAUGUAAGCGAGAAUGUGUUUUCCGCGACAGGUCGAACCCCCUCGAUGAUUUGGAUGAUCAUGACAUCAUCGAGAGGUACCGCCUAUCACGACACAUGAUAUUUUCUAUCAUUGGUAAAGUGAGUGACAGACUUGAACAUCAAACCCAGCGUUCCCAUGCAAUACCACCUUACCUUAAUGUUUUAAUUGCUCUGAGAUACUUCUCCAAGGGUGGGUUUUACAGUGAGAUUGCCGAUAUCCACGAUGUGAGUAAAUCCUCCAUCUGCAGAGCAAUCCGCGCAACAACAGACGCAUUAUGUGCAACCAUGGGUGAUUUUGUAUUUCCCACAAUGCCUUCCACUCAGAAGAGUAACAAAGAAUCAUUCUUCGACAUUGCUGGAUUCCCUAAAGUACUCGGUGCAAUUGACUGCACACUCGUACCCAUAAUGGCGCCAAAACGUGACGAAGUAGCCUACGUUUGUCAAAAGGGUUACCAUGCACUGAACAUACAGGCAGUAUGUGAUGCCAACAUGAGAUUUACAAACUGUGUGUUCAAGUGGCCUGGCUCUGUCCAUGACAGUUAUAUAUGGAAUAACUCUGCCCUUGGUCAGUACUUUGAAAAGAAGAAUAUUGAUGGAUGGCUACUUGGAGACUCUGGAUAUGCCUGCAGACCAUGGCUGCUGACCCCUGUGCUCAAUCCCAGCUCAGAAGGACAGGAGAAAUACAAUAGAUGCCAUAUCAAGACACGGAACACAAUAGAGAGAGCAUUUGGCUUGUGCAAGUCAAGAUUUAGAUGCCUUCACAAGACAACUGGUGUCUUACAAUUAACCCCAGAAAGGAGUUUGUGUGUUGUCCGGGCUUGCUUCUUGUUGCAUAACAUGUGCAUCCAUGAAAGAAUACCACUUCCCCAGGGCAUUGAGCUACUCAGAGGAGAGGGAACUGCCACAGAGUUGCCAUGUGCAGCUGACUUCCCAACAACAAGCUCUGGUUGUGAUGGACUGUCAGCAAGAUAUCAAUUAAUUUUGCAUAAGUUCACUUAAAUUACAGCCUUAUGCUAUUGUUUUCAUCAUUUAUAAAAAGCACAAGAAUAUAAAUCAUGAGAUGUAAGUGACUUUCUACUCUGUAUUACUAGACAGUCAUAACUUAAGAUAAUUACAUAUUAUACAAAAAUAUAAAAUACACAGCUUUUGUCAUGAUCAAUGCCAGUAGAAAUAAAGUCAAUUUAAGCUUUUUAUAAGUCUUUUAUAUCAUUAUAUAUAACACAAAUAACUAAGAGAGGUAACAUUUGUUUGUCUAGGUAUCAUAUCACAAUUUCUGGCCCAAUCCAUAUGUUCAUACAUAAUCCAUGUGUCAUGCAUUUGGGCAAUUAGACUAUUACAUAUGAUCUGACAUAUUCUUCCUGUUGUGUUUCAUACCUUCUGUUCAACAGUAGUAAGUUGUGU